AUGAAUAACAAUGGAGAAGUUCAUUCUGUCCCUGCUCCUACACUUCAUUAUCAUUGUGGUGAGUUCAGUAGUAUUCAACAUGAAAAUUUGGUAAUUAUUUCAGCCGGAGGAAAGAUGACCCACAUGCUAUAUUGUGCAUGUAGGAACUCCCAUUGAUGAUAUAUGAAAUCCACACUUGAGCAUUCAUAUUAAAAAUCAAAACCUUCACAUAAUUGUUUUUUAAAAUGUACCAGUGUAAUCAGUGUAACAGUAGAAAAAAGACCAUGUACAUUUAGAAUAGCAUUUGUAAAUCCUGCCAGUGCAAAGGGGUGUGUGUGUGUGUGCUGGGGAUGGAGUGAGAAUACGAAUUGUUAGCUGUAACUUUGCAAAGGUAUUCCUGAUUUGUAUGUAUUUUGAAAGUAGCCAACUUUCAAAUUAUGUGCAUAAUUAAAACAAGGAGGACUCAAGCAUGUCCUCUGAUUAAGGCAAAAAUAGCAAUUUCUGGUAGGUGAAUCAUCUAAGCCAAGACAACCAUAGUUGCCUUGUAGCAGCAACCCUCUCUAACCCAUAGCUGAAAUGGAGCUCCAUUUAGAUGCUGUUGUCUCCAUAGACGUGGUGGAAUGAUAUUGCAUGUUCAUCUAUUUAAAAUGGGAAGCAGGUCUAAUUAUUUGUACACGUGUUGCUUGCCUUGUGCCUUUGCUCUAGCUCCUUUGUUAAGCUAGAUUUCACAUGAAGCACAAAAAGGCACUAUUAAACAUUCAAUACAUAAAAUAAAGGUCUAUUGUCUGUAUUCUAUUUUUUUUAAUAGGGAAAAAUAGCUUUGGCUGGAUAAACUGCAGAUAUCUAAAUAAGGAAGUAUUUAAACUCUUGUCUCGGAACUUGUUUUGACAGAAGUAUAUUUUAUAUAACAGAGGAAGGAGUGACAAGGCAUAAACUAUAUUCUCCUCUCCCUUCCCCCCAUAGUUUGCAACAGAUGCAACUCAUCAACACACCUCUUUUUGCUCUGCUUUUGACAAGUAGAUGGGCAGAAAUGAUCUGUUUGGAGGACAAAUUUUGUUUAGGCACCUCCAGUUGCCUCUUUGUAAAUAUAUUUUGCUUAGGUGCCUCCUUGUAAAUAUUCUGGAAAAUCUGUUUUUGUUCACAUAAACAUUUUACAGCCAUCAACUUUCAGCAAAAAUUAUACAGCAAAUUGUAAUGGUAAACUGUAGAAAAUUAUGUGGGAAGUGAAAGACAGCCAUGUGCUUCAGUUUGCCUUCUCUUUGUAUUUACCAUGAGCUUUGACCAAGCAAAAGCUGCAGAACAGCAUUAAUCAUCUGCAGGUAUCAUAUGAAUGACACAGUAUAAACAAUUUACAAUUUGUUUGUACUUUCACAUAAGAUUAAGAGGAAACAUCAAGAAAUUUAUUUUGUAUAAAAGAACAAUGGAGGCAGAAACUACAACAGAUGUAGAGUAAACAGUUCAAAUUGUUUGCAGUACAAUCUGCAGCAUUUAACCAUGAUUAAGACUCUUGUGACAUUUUUAUGUAUAACAUCAUUCUCAGCAGGGCUGGCUUGUAAACGAUCACAUGCUCUGAGUGAGCUAGUAGUGGCAUCCUUCAGUUUGUGGAAUGCCUUUGGAAUCACUAGAGAAGGUUGAGCACAGGACAUCCUGCUCAUGAGCACACACAGAAUGUAUAUUUCGGAGGCAGGGGAUAUAAUAAAUAGAAACAUUUGUUACCAAUGGGAAGUGAGAUUGGAAUGUGCUUAUAGGCUUUUAAAAGAUUUCUGUGGCAAAGCUUAGGUAUGACAUUGUAAAUAUUUACUAGUAUUGUUGCUUCAUAUUAGUCUUAAUAAAAUUUGGGAAGUAAAAUACAUUUUUGGGGGGGGGGGAAGAAACUUCAAUUUCCUGGAAGCUGUGAAUCACAAACCUCUGUGGACAGAGUUUGGGGACAAAGACUGUUCUGAAACAUCUAUUCGAAAGUCACACCCGUUUCUAGGUUCCCAUUGUUAAAACCUCUACAGGCAGUUCUGUAAACCUUUCUUUCUUCCCAGCACACCUUCCAAGGACAAAUACUUGGAGGAUCUGACAGGUAGUCUUCACUGUCAGAUGAGUUGUAUUUCCUUAGUCUUUGUGGGGAGGACCAGUGGCGUAGCAUGGGGGGUGCAGGGGGGGCCGGCCGCACCGGGCGCAACAUCUGGGGGGGGCGCGCUUGCACUCGCAGCUCUCUGCCCCUACCUGGCUCACUCACUCUCUCUCACUGCAGUGCUGGCUGUGCGAAUCCGAUCCGAGCCGCUGGGUCGCCGCCCACUGUGGAGGGGGUGGGUGCCAGGCGUGCGGUGUGGAGAGAGAGAGCGAGGGACUAUCUGGGGGAGGGACAGUGCAGCGGCCGCCCAGCACAGCGCUGAGCGCGGGAGAGAACCACACCAGACCAGACCAGGCAGCAGCAAGAAGAAGCUGGCAGCGGCGGCAGGUUAGGGGUUAGGGGGCGCAAAUUACUUGCCUUGCCCCGGGUUAGGGGGCGCAAAUUACCUGCCUUGCCCCGGGUGCUGACAACCCACGCUACGCCGCUGGGGAGGACAAAUGAUUAACCCUUCAUUCCUUCUUUCUAUCUACAUAUUUUUUUUACCUGUGCUUGUGCAUACUCUUUUCUUUUUCUUUUUCUUCUUAAAUCCUGAAAAAUAAUUAUUCUAUUUUCUCCCUGUUCUACUUUCCACUUUUUUUUUUAUCUCUCCAACCUCAUACAGUACUUUUUCUAUUCUCCCCAAUCUUUGCUUGUGCUAUCAUUCAGCCUCAGAACUUGAGGACUGACUACAUCAUAAAAGGAAAAGAUAUUACAUCUGAAGCAAGCUUCUGUUUCUCCCUUGUAGAGAUUUCUGCCAAAAUUCUUCAGAUUCACAAGAGGACCAUCAAUAUGUUCAGAAAGUUUGAGACAAGAGAAAAAUUCACAUUGAAGGUCAUCCCUGAUAACUUGGAAUUGUGUACAUUUCAUAGCAAAAGGGAAAAAAAGGUCAGUACUAACCUAAAAAAAGUGCUGUGCAAAAUACUUUCUCAGUAUUAUAUCUCCAAAGAGAUACAGACACUAAGGAAGCUUGCAACUAGCAGCCAUUUCUAA